AUUUGCUGAGGUAGGUACGGGGCAUGUAGAAAAUUAAUUCAUUUCGUCAUUAAUUUCUUUGAAAUUUUUCAAGAAUCGUCGACGAUUUUAAUGAUAUUUACUCCUCCGUUACAUUUGGAAUAUACAUCUUGAACUUCUUCUCCCUUUGUUUCACUCUCUUCUGCUGUACCCUUGACGGGUAAGUUGAAGAAGUUGUUUCAUCAGGGUGUCUUAAGAGAUUAAGAGUUUCAGAUUCCCACCUAAUAUGGAAAAUAUAGCGAGAUACGGUAACACCGCUAUUGUUUUUGCUUUCGUUUUGGCGUCUUUCUCUUAUUCUGGAGAACUCUUGACACAACAGGUAACUCGAUUUUUUCAAGUUGAGAUCGUUGAAUUAUUUUAUUAGGAAAUUAAAAUCCCUUUUUUCAGUUCGAAUAUUUGGCGCACAUAAUUUUCUACAGAAUGCUUAAUCAGUCCUUUGGAGAUAGGAAACUAAAAUUCACCUGUUUCAUGAUAAUUGGUAGAAGCCGAAAGAAGAACUGUAUACACAUCGGAGGAUUUUGGGAUUUAAACCUGGAAACCUAUUUCUCUGUAAGAUUUUCACGUGGUACUUCAAGAGAAUUCGUGUGGAAAUGAGUAAUUAAUCUAUUUUUCAGACCAUGAUGAAGGUAAUGUCUUUCAUUACAUUUCUACAAACAAUGAAGCAAUAAAGGGCUAUUCUAUAUUUUGCUUUAUUCAUUUCCAUAUUGAAAAUCUUUACAAAUCAUCUGUAGAUAUGUAAGAAAAUGAGAAGCAACUCUAUGUUCCACGAGAAAGCCCGCCAAACCCAGCGUCGCUGUAGCGAAGAUAUAUAGCGCCUCCACUCAUUCGAGUUGUUGAUUAGUGGAUUAUUGUUGAGAAUCGAUAGUAUUAUUUUGUGUGCCAGACGGGCAAAUAAAGUUUUUAAGUUAAAAAGGGUGUUUCAAUAAAAGGAUAGAUUCCUUAAAGAUAUAAUUCUGACUUCUACUUCUCAAAUUUAUCCUCAUUGAACAAAUGAUUUCCAAACGGAAGUUAGAAAUUUAGAAUUUUGAACUAAACUCAAAUUAUAAAUGCAUAUAUAAAAAAAAUUUCUAAGAUUUUGAUUUUGCACUUAUAAAUAUUCGGAAAAAUAGAAAAAUUGAAACAGAUGGCAGAAGGAACUGCCUCAAGAGUAUUUGGAGAGACAGAUCCAUUGAAAGUCGAUAGAUUCAAGAAAAACACAAAAAAAAAUUAUUCAGAAAUUUGUCAAAUUUGAAUUCAGGAAACCUGAAAAUUCCAUUCAUCGGUUUUCGAAUCGAAUUAAACUCAAGAUCGAGAUACAAGGAACGAGUGUAACGUUUUACAAGAAAAGAAUAUCGUCUAGUCGUAGUCAUUCAAUUGAAUAAAAUUUAUCGCAUGUAAAUAAAUUUGGUUGAAUCACUUCCUCUCAGAUCCAGACAUGCACCAUUAAAAAUGCAUACUCGAUUGUGCUUUUAAUUCGCUCAGCUCUCCCCAGAGGCGCUGUAAGCUCCACUCCUACUCAUUUUCUUGUUUGUAUUGUUUGAAACGUGCGAAGUUUGACUGGAAUUUUACGUCCAGUUUUUCACUCUUUACCUGGAAAACAUGUCCCAUUACGUCACUCCCUUCUUGGUCCUCAAUUUGGGAUCCGAAAUGGUCUAUGUCGUAGCCCAAAGGCUGCAGGCCCAAAAUGUGUCUGGCGAUAAGAUGAUGAGAGUUUUAGACGAGAUAAUAGGAACCCUAGUUUCUCGAGAACUCAUCACUGACAUAAUGAAGCCUCAAGCAACCUACUCCCACAUGUCCAUCAAGGAGAUGAUAUCGGUAAUCACCCAAUGCUCGGCCAUGAGACUAGAUCCCUCCAGCAUGAACAAACUCUGGGAUCUCAUAACCAUGGUAUACAAGUGGCAACUCACCAUGUCCCAUGAGGUCAUCAAGAUCACCCUCAGACACCUUUACGAGAUCGAGAACUACAUUACGAACCCCGAAACACAGAUAAGGCUGCAAAAAGUACAAGAUCACAUGGACAACUUCAACAAGAUGUUGAGCCAAGAAGAAAAGAUCACCUUGAGGGAAGACAUCUUGUAUUGGCUCAAACAGUACAACGUCAGGGUAUCCCUUCUGAUGCGAAUGGGCCUUCAGAGCAUGUCAGGGAACUUCAUAGUGGACAACCUGAAUCCUGUAGCCAAUGACAUGCUGAAAAAUCUGGGUGAAAACAUCUAUGCAGUAACCCAAAAUGGCAAGAUCCUGGAGGACAGAAAGAUGUCCUCCAGGUCCGAUUCGGAUGUGAACGAGAUGCUUUAUUUUGUGGAUCAGAUCAAUGUUAGGAAAUCAAGUUCGGGAAAUUUUCAAAAAGGGGAGCACUUCUUGAAAUUGUCUAUAAACGAACAGAAUAUGGGACCAGUAGAGGAAAGGAAGAGGCUUAGCAGUUUUGGCAGUAUCGAGGUGCAAGUGGACAGUCCCAAUUUGGAGGAGUUGGUGAAGGAUUUGAGCGUAAAGGAGGAUGGACGAUUGAGAAAGAGCUCUUUGAAAGAAGAUUUGCUCAGUUUGUUGGGGGCAGGCGGAAGCAAAGAUUAGAAUUAAAAUAAGAAAUUACUUUUAGCCUAAAUGUACAUAAAGUUUUUUUCUCAAAUGUUUUUGUGGAGAGACCACAUCGUAUUUUAACAUGAAUUUGCUUUGAAGCUUAGGAAAUCUAUUACUUAAACUUGUGCCUUCAUCAAAUUGAUAAAUCAAAGAAUAUCUAAACAUUAAAACUU